GAAACAUCUUCUGUUGAGCAAGCUUUCGUGCUUACGCCGGCGGAAGCUCCGCAAGCACGUUCUGAGGAUUCGUCGAGAGCUUGUGUGAGUACCUACCAGGCUACCACCACACCAUUGAAUCCUUGCAGUCGUUCCACCGUGCUGAGCAGAGCUAAUCCCCAUUCCCCACACUCUGCCGAAAAUACUAAGCGCAUGGCCCUGAGAUCGGGAGCACAAGGGCCAAUUGCGCGGGCUGAGCUACUCGCAGCAAUCGAUGUUGGACAGGGAGCAAGGACGGGUGAUGGACAGCCCAGCAUGCAAUCAGGAAAUUUAUUUAGACUUCAAGCGUGCUACAGCUGCACGUAUCACCACGCCCAAGGAUGA